GAAAAACGCAUGCGCAAAAGGCUAUAGCGGCGUCCCAGUGGAGGCGCACUCUAAACCUUGCGCAGGCGCGUUAGGUCGUGGUCGCGAUGAGAGUUCUUGUGGGUGGCGGGACGGGCUUCAUUGGGACAGCCCUAACCCAGCUGCUCAAGGCCAGGGGCCACGAAGUGACGUCGAUCUCCCGAAAGCCAGGGCCAGGUCGGAUCACGUGGGAUGAGCUCACGACGUCGGGGUUGCCCCGCUGCGAUGCUGCAGUCAACCUGGCAGGAGAGAACAUCCUCAACCCUCUCCGCAGGUGGAAUGCAGCCUUUCAAAAAGAAGUUCUCAGCAGCCGCCUGGAGACCACCCAAACGCUGGCUGGAGCCAUAGCCAAGGCCCCAGAACCCCCCCAGGCCUGGGUCUUAGUCACAGGUGUAGCUUACUACCAGCCCAGCCUGACUGCGGAGUACGAUGAGGACAGCCCAGGAGGGGAUUUCGACUUUUUUUCCAACCUCGUAACUAAAUGGGAAGCUGCAGCCAGGCUUCCUGGAGAUUCUACACGCCAGGUGGUGGUGCGCUCUGGGGUUGUGCUGGGCCGUGGAGGCGGUGCCAUUGGUCAUAUGCUGUUGCCUUUCCGUCUGGGCCUGGGGGGCCCCAUUGGUUCAGGCCACCAGUUCUUCCCCUGGAUUCACAUCAGAGACUUGGCGGGAAUCCUGGCCCAUGCCCUUGAAACAAGCCAUGUGCAGGGGAUCCUGAACGGAGUGGCUCCCGCCUCCUCCACUACCAAUGCUGAGUUUGCCCGGGCCUUGGGUGCAGCCCUGGGCCGCCCAGCCUUCAUCCCUCUCCCCAGUGCCGUGGUACAAGCUAUCUUUGGGCAAGAACGUGCCGUCAUGCUGCUGGAGGGCCAGAAGGUGGUCCCACGGCGGACACUGGCUGCUGGCUACCAGUAUUCUUUCCCAGAGCUGGGAGCCGCCUUGAAGGAAAUCAUAGCCUAAACGGGGAGGCUCAAGGCAGGGCCUGAGGCCUGUUCCUCAGCAGGGGCUUACUGGUGAGAGACUGCAUAAGCUCAGGUUCUCCUCGAGACUGAAAGCUAUCUGGUUCUUAAGCCCUCUUUCUUGCUCACUGUCCCACUGCCCCACCUUAUUUAAAUAACUGAGAGAUUUCUGCUAUUUCAGGGUUACAGUCGCAUUAUGUUGGGACCUUAACUUCUUCAACUUCUUAUAGAUAAAUAUCCAAGUUUGGUCUCCUUGUGUGUCCUGUUCCUGCCCCAUUUCUCCUCCUUGGUAUUCAGAGAAUGUUUUGCAGUUUAGGCAAUAAAGACAAAUUAACUGACUA